UCUGUAUCGAUAAUGCUCAAAUCCACGAUUUUCCCGAUUUUCUCGUCGUUUCCAGGGAAACCAAGGGCUUCAAAGCUAAUCACUGAAGCUUGUAAAGUGGUUUUACAGGAUGUUUCACCAAGUGUUCGACGAAAUGCGUCAACGAAUCUGACCACAUUACACCAAGGGCCACCAACUUCGGCCUACGUUCAUCUCCCCUUCUGCCGUAAACGCUGCCACUACUGUGACUUCCCCAUUGUAGCUCUUGGAUCUUCCACUUCGUCUAUCAGUUCUUCCAAUGCCUAUGAGGAAGACAGAGAUGAUGAUGACCCACGAAUUUCGGGCUAUGUGAAUUUGCUCGUCAGAGAAAUAAACGCGACAAGAACGGAUUUUGAUACGAGCCCGGAUCUAGAGACGGUGUUCUUUGGGGGAGGGACCCCUUCCCUCGUCCCUCCGAGGCUUGUCUCUUCGGUUCUGGAUACUUUGAGAUCGAAAUUCGGGUUGAGUCCAGGUGCUGAGAUAUCAAUGGAGAUGGAUCCUGGUACGUUUGGGUCCAAAAAGCUGAAGGAAUUGGUGGAAUUGGGAGUGAACAGAGUGUCGUUGGGAGUUCAAGCAUUUCAAGAUAAGCUCUUGAAAGCUUGUGGGAGAGCUCAUGGCGUCUCUGAGAUAUUCCAGGCAAUAGAGAUUGUCCAAAAAUGCGGGGUUGAGAAUUGGAGUAUGGAUCUUAUAUCUUCUCUCCCCCACCAGACGCUGGAGAUGUGGGAAGAGAGUUUGAGAUUAGCCAUUGAAGCACAACCCAAGCAUGUUUCCGUGUAUGAUCUGCAAGUGGAACAAGGCACAAAGUUUGGUAACGUGUUCACGCCAGGGGAAUUCCCUCUUCCUUCAGAAUCACAAUCCGCUGAAUUCUAUAGAACAGCGUCCUCGAUGCUCCGGAAAGCCGGUUAUGAUCACUACGAGGUCAGCAGUUACGCCAAAGACGGGUUCCAGUGCAAGCACAACUCGAUAUACUGGAAGAACAAGCCGUUCUACGCGUUCGGUUUAGGUUCAGCUAGCUAUGUUAAAGGGCUGCGAUUUUCAAGGCCGAGGAGGCUGAAGGAAUACGCGGGCUACGUUCACGAUCUGGAGAACGGGACAGCGAAUUGGUGCGGUGACGGAAGUGUAGAUCUCAAGGAUGUGGCCAUGGACAUUGUGAUGCUAUCCUUCAGAACUGCCAAAGGGCUUGAACUGGGUGAAUUCGGACAAGCUUUUGGGAGUGAGAUUGUGAAGAGAAUGUGUAAGGCUUAUGAGCCUUACGUGGAGAGUGGGCACAUUGUUUGUUUGGAUGGUAAGAGAAGAGAGGUGGCAAGCGAUGAAUUCAAAGCCUUGAUUGAGGAUAAUAAUGGAGUGAGGAUUGAGGAUCAUGUGAGGUACCUUAGGUUGAGUGACCCAUAUGGUUUCCUCUUGUCGAAUGAGCUCAUAUCACUUGCAUUUGGCAUCAUAUCUCCUUGAAAUACAUCAUUGUGAGGAGUUCAUCUGCAAUGCUGUGUGAGCGUGACUGAGCUUUUUAUCUUUGAAACUGGGAGUUUUGGGCUGAAUUGUCAUUCCAGGAAAUGUCGGGCUGUAAAUGUAAUUUUAGAUAAUAUGAUUGCUUUUCUCGACUUAAUAAUA